AUGGACAACGGUCGCUUCGUCCGGAGUAAUGCGCACGCGUUACAAGGCCAGCUGGCGGCCGCGGCCGGCAAGAGGUUCGCAAAGCACAUGCCCAAGUCGGUCGGUGCAUGGCUGUGUGGGCUGUACGAUGGCGAUCGGUCGGUAGUAGACGCGACACAAAAUGCACUGCGACAGGUCUUUAACACACCCGAGAAGAUCCAGAACAUUCGCCGAGCAUACCAACAACCUAUACUGGAAUACUGUCGAGAUGCAAUAGACAAAGAGACACCGCAGACGCUUAGUGACGAGCGUACUGUCAGUCCGGAUGAUGCGGAAGCCAAGUUCAGCAGAGUCAUAUCCGCAUGCAUAUCUCUACUAGGAAGCCUGUUGGCGAAUCUGAAGCCGGAAGAGCUUUCCAAAUUCCAAUCAGAUUAUGACAGUCUUCUUGGCGACAGGAAGCUUUGGGAGUUUGCAUCACAUACCGACUCGUCUGUACGGAAGGCAAUUCACCGAUUCCUCAGGACCUGCUUGGAAAAACAGCCUGGUAAGUGGUCAUUCUGCAGUAACUCAGUGCAUCUACUGACAUCGACUACAGAAGCAGUAAAAGGUAAUCUACAAGCCAUCAGCAAGGCUUACCUCUCAUCUGGCCUUGAUUCCGACCAAACUGGAUCUUCAUUAGACUAUGUCGACACUCUAACACUGCUCACUGUUGCCUACCCUACAGUAUGGACGGAUGACUACAAGAGCAAGACGUCGGCUGAUCGGAGGCUACGCCAAUUCUUGAAAAAAGGCUCGCAGGCUGGUCCGCAGCAAUUUUGGAAUAAGGUAACUAGUCUGCUUCAGGCUAUACCUAACGCCGCUCUACCCUCAGAUGCCGACGAUGCUAUCAAGCUUCUCACCGCUAUGCACGAUGGUAUUUCGAGGAGAGAUGAAUCGAGAAUCAAUCUAGAGUCCGCUUACGGUUCCUAUCUCGGACUUGCCAGGGCGCUUUGCGCUGAUCUAUCCAACGAAGACCAAACCAAGGUGCUCGAAGACAUGGUUCUUCCAAUAAUUGCCCAGCAUUUGCGACCUUCUCCAGAAACCAGCGAUUGGAGCGUACCACCGAACGCAUCCCACCUUGUGGCCAAAGCUAUGACGGUGGGCAAUAUGCCGACGAUCUUGGAAUCGACAUGGCCAAACUUUGUCACGCAGUUAGUCAACGAUAUCAAGGUGUCAGCUCCGGAGCAGUCUAAGGACUACGAGAAAUCUCAGAGCGCACUGACACAGAAAGCCUCACGGCUUGCAGCACUACAAAAGCAAGUACUUGAAGGCGCAAGCAGCAUACAGCUACAGACAUUAUUCCAACGCUCGUGUCUUUCCAUCACGCGCGAAGCGCUGACUGUCGUUUCCAACCGGAAUGGCAAACCAUAUGGAGCAGCAGGUGCUGUAGCGGAGCUUCUGAACCGCAACCGAGACUUGGUGCUUGCAGACCCAGAGGUUGUUGAUGAGCUCAAGCAAUUCAUUGGCUCGGAACUACCAAGACUGAUACUUUCGCCAUCCUCGUCAUAUUUGGUGGACAUUCUCUACUCUUUAUCCGAUUCGUCUUCAUUCGGUCAGGCCUGGGCAGCCACUCUUAAGGCUAUUCUCGAAGGCCCAGAUUCUUCAACGAAAGCUAAGGCUCUUGAAGCACUUCUGACUUCUCCCAGAGUCCCCAAAUCUUUUGACCUUGCACUAGGCGAUGCAGCAUUGCAAGGGUAUAUCAAGUCGAGCGUCCGUGAUGCUCUCACUGGAACGACAGAAUGGGAUGCGUUUCAUCGCAUUCUCCAGUCUCCCGCGAAAAUCCUAGCUUCCGAGACCACCGAUGAAGUCUUAUCAUACAUGACGCAAUCCCUUUCGUUAUCACAAGAAGCUCCAUACGCACUCCAAGGCCUUCGACAGAUUGUCAGACAGAACUCUUCGAUACUGAAGGACUUUCUCUCUACUCAACAAGGCUCGACUCUUCUACAAAGUUUGCUGUUGGCAUCCGAGUCGGGUGAUGAAGUCAUCUCACGUGAUGCCGCUGCGGUGAACGCCUCGAUUCAGACAGUGCUCACUGCUGGAUCGGAUACAAAACAAUCCGUCUAUGGCCUUGUUCAGCAAGGACUCAAAGAAGCUACGCAGACAUCUGUAUCUGUGGAGACUUUGGUCGAACUUGCCAAGCAGCUCGUGAAGCCUGGAAGCUCUUGGGAGGACAUGUCAGGGGUCUUUCCUGGCACUGACGACUGGGAGGCCGCGUUGGCACCUUUCCUCGAUGCCGCACCAAAGACAUCGCUAGCUGUAGCUAAUCCUCUGCAUGGCGCGGUAUAUUUGGUCGAACAGGAUCAAAGCAGUGUUCCAACAAAGAUCUCUCGAGAUGCCGAUGGCUAUUCUGCCGCCUACCGCAUCACGCAGUACGUCAUUAAACUUUUCAAGGCUAGUGAUAUCUUUCCUGUUGAGAAAGUACCUCAGGACAUCAGGGAAUCUUUCCUGCGAAACGUUGCACUCACGAUCCAGCUGGCGGACGACAAUCUUGGUCUCGCCGGUGCGAACGGCCUCUGGGCAGAAUACAAUGCAGAUGUAGAAGCCGACGCUAUCGCAUUCAUGGCCGAUGCACAACCUUUUGUAAAUGAAGAGCUCAAACUUAUGAAAGCCUUCUGGUCAGCUGAUGGCAAUGACGGCCUCACUGGUUGGGCGACGACGCUUCUCUCCAUGAUCGAGCCUGAGACAUCACCCAGGUCAUACUACUCAGCGCGCACCUAUAGCGUCUUGAUUUCUGACGCUGUGGAAAUAUACGGCUUGAGAAAGUCGGACACUCCUAGGCUCGAAGAGAUCCUCAAGACGCUGCGUAGAGGCAAAGGUAAUUGGAUCCAGAAACGGCUGAAAAUCUCGCACUAA